AACAAGGAUAGGGUUGUAGGAGGGGGGAGUACUGAAUAUCACGUGUGAAUCACGUGAAGAAGAGCAGUGUUAAGAACACACCUCACCUGCUCUGGAGUGGCAGCAGAAUGCUGUCGUAUUAUUACUAUCAAGUAGCAACAUUCUCAACUGCACGAUUGCGCUUGGUCUUGAAGCACAUCUCUUAUUUUCUUUCUUCACCGGAGCUGUGAGGGAUGAGUAAAGAAGAAGACAUCAAGUUCCUCAAGAUACAAACGUGCACUCUUAAAGUGAACAUUCACUGUGAUGGGUGCAAGAAGAAGGUUAAGAAACUGCUCCACAAAAUUGAAGGGGUGUACACGACCAACAUAGAUGCGGAACAGGGGAAGGUGAGUGUGUCAGGCAAUGUUGACCCUGCAACCCUCAUUAAAAAGCUUGCUAAAGCUGGUAAGCAUGCGGAGCUGCUUGGUGCUGGUAAUGGCAGCAACAAGGAGGCACAGAAGCCUCAGCCACAGAACGGCAAGGGGCAGCAGAAGGAGAACGGAAAGCCCCAAAAGGGUGGCGGUGGCGGUGGUGGUGGAGGAAAUGGCGGUGGCAAGGAGCAGAAACCCCAGCUUCCCCAGCUCACUCCACAGCAGCAGAUGAUGUUCCAGCAGCAGCUGCAGCAAUUCCAGCAGAUGAAGGGAUCCAAUGACCUGCAAAUGCCUCCUCAGCUCAAGGGGGGCUUCAGUUUCCCUCCGCAGAAAAACCCUAAAGCGCCCAACUUUGGCAUGCCCCCCAAAGGCUGCGACGACGCCUACGACGACGAGGAGGAGGACUACGACGAUGAUUAUGAGGACGACGAUGACGACGAGAUGGAUGAGUUCGACUGCUUCGACGCCGAUCUUGAGGACGAUUUCAAGGACAUCAAGAUCAAGCCGGUGGUCGCGGCGACGGCACAAGAUAAGAAGGGCGGGAAUGGGAAGAAAGGGGGAGAAACUCCGGUGCAGGGGAAAGCCGUGGGGAAUAAUAAUGAGACGAAGAGUGGUAAAAAGGGCGACGGCGGAGGUGGAUCUGCGAUCAAGAAUAUUGGCGGUGGCGGCGGGGGGAAAAAUGGCGGAGGCGGACAGCAACAGGGCAAAAAUGGACUAGAUAAUAACAAGGGCACGGGGAGUGCUAAUGGGGGCGGCGGUUGCAACCCUAAUCCUGGCGGUAAUGGAGGUAAGAAAGGGGUUGGGAAGAACGAGGCCAGCGUCGCCGGUGGCCAUCCCGCGGCUAACCCAAAGAUGAUGGGCCAAGGCUUCCCGGGCAUGGCAAUGGGGCCUCAGAUCGCCGCCGGCAACAUGCAUCCCCAUCCCGCCAUGGGCCAUAUGGGAAACAUUCCGGCUGUCGCAGCCGGGCAAGUCCUCCCGGCCGGAGGACCGCCUCCUGCUGGUUACUACCAAGGAGGCAUAGUGCCGCCGCCAUUGGAAGCCAACGCGGUCGCCAACCCUUACCAGCAACAGUCCGUGGCCGCCAUGAUGCAGCAGCAACAACAGCAACAGCAGUACAUGGCCGCCAUGAUGCAGCAGCAGCAGCAACAGCAGCAGAGGAUGAUGAUGAUGAACGCGGCGCAAGAUCGCGCCUUUCAGCCACCCAUGAUGGGUUAUGCUCGGCCGCCGAUCCCGGCCUACUACAGCAUGAACAUGCCCCCGCCCGCGAUGGCGCCGCCGCACCACGGCGACCCAUACAACUACUUCAGUGAUGAGAACACCGACAGCGGCUGCACAAUCAUGUGAAAAAUCCAACCUUUAUUGCUGAAUUGGGACCGGCGCUUCGCUCUUCUUGUUUGGUGUUGUAAUUUGCCACUUCGAUUGCAUCCACGAUCCAGUUUGAUCUCUAUUUUCAAGUUCAUUGGGUGGGAAAAUUGUCAUCCAAAGGAAAGCACAAUAGUGGAGAGUCUGCAGGCUGCUGCAAAUACCACAUCAAAAACCAGUAAUUUACUAUUUUUCCCCUUAAUCUUCCCCUUUGUUUUAGGUAAAAGUCUAUAUAUGUUUUCAAGUGCAACUUAGAUAUAGAAAACUAGUAAGCAUUAGAUAAUAGAUAAGUUGUAUUUGGUUUUCUUAGGGAUUGUGAUGAUCACUGGUUGGAAGAGCUUUCAAGCUCUCCUUUAUGUGUCAAUAUGUGUUUACAAGUUCAGAAAUAUAGUAAUAAUGAUCAAUGUCUACAAAAAAGUUAAACCGA